GAAACUCUGGAACCUGAAGGAGACUGCAUCUCUUUGAAUCUGUUAGGGGAGUACUCAAUUCAACCCUCAGGGACAAACAAGAAGACUUUAACUACCCACAAUCACAAUAUUGCAGAAAGGAGGCGAGUUAGUGUGAAGCCAGCUUCCAAACUUUCAGGGAUAAAAGGCACAAAAGUUAGAGAGCCCUCUGUGGUAACAAAUUUCCAAGACCUAAUAAAAAUCAGUCCAAUGAUGGUACAAAGGAACAACACAACACUGAAGGAUCAAGUAAAAAAGACUACAGAGUGGAGAGUGACAAGCACAAAUAGACUCAACGUGAAAACAGUUAAAAGAAAGCCAAAGAAGAUCAUUCCAGUUAUCCUGGAAUGGAAGAAAAUGAUGCUGUAUGUUCAAGAGAAGAAGAAGAAGACUGCAGCAUGGAAACAACUAAUGCAGUCCAGUGAGCAAAAUAAAACUGAACGGCACAGCAAGGAAGUUUCUUCUUACAUGCGUUACAGGAAGAGGUCGACAGACUCAAAUUCAUUCAGUUUCAAAAAGAAAAUGCGUCAACAAAGCAAAAGGAGCAUAAGUCUGCCUUAUAAUCUGUCUCUCCUCACCAAAAUGCAACUGUUCAAUGGCGGGUUGCCAAAUGUCGGGAACAGCUGCUAUGUUAAUGCAGGUCUGCAGUUUCUGUUCACAGCUGAGGCUUUCUGUGAAGAGCUCUCCCACUUGCUGGACAGUUCUUUUCAAAACAAUGUGAACUUUUUCCUCAGAUACUUUGUAAACUUGUCAAAAUUAAGAAAGACCUCUAAAGUUCAAGGUGUGAUCGGCAAGGAUUCUCUCCUCCUGGGCCUGAUUGCGUUAUCUGUAGACAUCAACCCUGAAUUCACUAUCGGCCAGCAGAGCGAUGCCCAUGAAUUCCUCUGCCACUGUCUGACCCAAAUAGAAGAGUUCGGCCGAUGCCUGGGUUGGAAAGAGGAUUCAGAACCUAAAUGCCCAGUCAGGUCCAAUUUCAAGUUCAUGAUGAGAAACAUUAUAAAAUGCUCCAGUUGUGGCUACCAGCAGAAGAACAAGUUAGAAGAGUUUAACCACAUCUCUCUGCCCCUGGAGCACAACUCCGUGGACCAGUGCCUCCACGACACUAAAUCAACAUUUGUGGAGAGCAAGUGUGAGUUUUGUGGAGGAAAAAGUGCCAGCUCAAGUUUGACAUUUGACACCCUGCCCAGGUUUCUGAUUUUGCAGCUGAACAGGUUCAAAAUGUCUGAGGAUUACACAGUUGUCAAACAGCAAAUAUCAAUGGACAUCCAAUCUCAGCUGCACAUAAACUGUUUUGCUCAAUCAGAUGCAACCAGAAUAGAGGACAUCAAAGCUGAGGCAAGACAUACCGAAAGAAAUAACCUGGGUGGAUCAGUCACCACCUAUCAACUGAUCAGUGUCCUGAGUCAUGUUGGAAGCUCAACAUUCUGUGGACAUUAUGUAAGUGAUUGUUCCAGUCCCUCUGUUAACCCUUUGGAGUGGAUGACCUAUGAUGACAAUCUGGUCACUCUGACCACUGAGGCGAAAGUGUUAAAGAGGAGGUCAUGUAGUGCCUAUAUGCUUCUCUAUGAGAAAGUGCACACUAUCAAGGAAAAUACCACAUUUUUUACAUUUUGAAGUAUUAAUAUCUCAGGAUCUAAAGGCCAAAGUAGCGUUGUCCAUGGCAAGAGAGGACGUCUGUGUGCGUAAAAAACUAAAAACUCCUGCUCCUGGAGACUAAGGCUGGUGUGCUAUGUGGAAUGAAAGUUCUCUCCAGGCUCCAAGAACAGAUUC